UUGUAUUGUGGUUAGUUGUAUCCUAGCUGUAACCCAGUUUUGUAUCACCUUAGCAAUAUAACAUUGUUGAACUUAUGACAUCAUAAAUAUCACAUUAUGAUAUAAUUAAAUAAUCCCUGCUUCACUGAGGUGUCAAAUUCAAUAACUGCUGCAUAUGAAGAAUUAAUGACUCAUUUUCACCACUGGAUAUUUUGUACAAAUUUGGUGUCAUUCGACUUGAGCUGGAGACAAACAUGAUGCAAAGGACAAAAAAGUAAAAAAGUGAAGCUGUUAGUUUUGUUUCUUGGAGAUGAAAAUGGCUUCUACUUCAGCUGUUGGUAAUUUGAAAGAAGAAUUAAAUUGUUCAAUUUGCUGGAAUAUUUACACAGAACCAGUUUCAUUGUCCUGCGGGCACAAUUUUUGUCGUAGUUGCAUUGAAAAGAACUGGGACAAAAAGGACACAGGGCUUGGUUACUCAUGUCCAGAGUGUCGAGCUGAGUAUGCUCAAAAGCCUGUGUUACACAAAAAUUUGAAACUGAGUAACAUAAUAGAGCGCUUUGAAGCUACACAGAUAAAUGAAGAACCACCAAAGAUCUUCUGCGAUUUCUGUCUGGACAAUCCCCUCCCUGCAGUGAAAACAUGCAUGAAUUGUGAGGCAUCUUUAUGUGAACAUCACUUGAGAAAACACUCUGAGAAAACAGCUCAGAAAAAUCAUCUGUUGAUUGAACCUGCAAGUUCACUAGAAGACAGAAAAUGUUCAGACCAUGAGAAACUCAUUGAAUAUUACUGCUUGGAUGACCACUCCUGCAUCUGUGUGACAUGUUAUGUUGCUGGUCCACACAAGAAUCAUGACAUACGCAUUCUAAAAGACAUACACAAUGAGACAAAGGCUAGCCUUUCUGAAAAACUGGAGAAGCUGCAGAAUUGCCGAGCAACUUUAGAGGAAGCUACAAAGGAAUUGCAAGGAACUGAAAUGAACCUAAAGAAAGACAGUGCUGUUUUGAGAAAACAGAUUUCUGACUUGUUUCAAGAAAUUAGGAUGCUGUUGACCAAACAAGAAAAGCAAAUUUUAGACACGGUUAUAACAGAAAAAAAUAUAAAUCUUUCAAAAGUCCUAAAGAAAAUACAAGAAUUAGAAAUUAAAAGAGAAGUUAUUACUCACCUCAUUCAGGAAGUACAAGACCUGAAAAAUCAAAAAGAUCCAUUGUUUUUUAUUAAGGAUUUCAAAUCUACUUACGAAAGGAUUUCGAACAACAACACUGAAGUAGAAAAAUUGAAGGUGUCCUGGAAGAAACUUGACGAAAACACAAUAUCAACCAUCAAACAGGAGACUAAACGAAUCUUUGAGAUGUUAAAUACAAUCAUUUUUGACCACCCUGUUCAGUCAAAUGAUGAAGUGGUAGAAGAAAGGUUUAUGGUGGAAGAUGAGAAUGAGGAGGACAACUUGCCUGAUGCAAUGAAACCUGUAGGAAGUGGAGACAUCAGAAGAACUCAAUACACAUCUUUAUUUUGCAAAGAUGUGCCAGUCCCAUCGGUGCUGGAGAGGCCAGCCAGAUCAAGCAUCAAGACAACAACCAGAGGAGCACAAGAAACAUCACCGUCACCUCCGCCACAGGACCGAUCAAUGCAACUAGUCACCUCAGAACAAGCAGUUGUAGCACAGCUGGUGGAGGAAGCAGUUUCCAGACCAUCCACAAGGCUACGUAGGUGUCAUCAGAUGCAAGUUGUAGUGCCACAUGAUUUGCUUGAUCUGAAUAUUCAGGCUCUAUUCUUGGGGCUUCAAGAGGCUAAGAAUUCAGUCAGUGGGGAUCUACAAGCCACCAUGGCUGAUCUUGAAACUCAUAUGCACGCUAAUUUUGCUGGCAUCCAUACAACAGAGCAGCUUAACAUGGCAAAGUUGCAAGUUGCUGACCAGUCUGGUACUGCAGACAAACAAGCUUCGAUGUUUGCAGACUUGCACAAUGCCUUGCGGGAUGGAAUGGCAGACCAAUUGACUGCUCUCAAGGUUGGCCUCACUGAAAUCCAGAAUGCUCUUGAGAUAGAUUUGUCCAGUAUAUGGGGUGCUAUCUAUGUUGGCCUCAAACAACUAGAUACAAACCUGCAACAGAUGCACACAACCAUACUGCGAAAUUUGAGUCAAAUUAGUGAAGAUAUUAGUUCUGUGGUUAGCCUUGUCACUGAUGAGGUUUUGGAACAAGCCUGUCCCUCCAUUCAGUCCAUGAAAACAACUAACCUGGUCUAUUCAGAAAUGGAAUAUAGUCAAAGUCAAGGUGCAAAUUCGGCAGCUAGUGACAAUAUAUAUCCUACUCUCUUGAAUCCUUACUUCAUUUCAGAAGAUGUGAUUGCAGCUGACCCCUCCACAAGCACUGCCACUAUCAGCACCAUACCAAGGGAGUGAGUCAGGUUUGCAGAGAAGUAAUCAAUGGCCAACAUGUGACAAAAAUAUUACAUUGUUUGGUUCAUUUUCCAAUCAAAAAUAUGGCAGAAUAUUAAAAUUUACUUCUCACAUUGU